AUGAGCGUCUCACAGAUCAGACCGCUGGUUAACCAGCAAUAUGUGGUCCACGCAUACCGCCAUCUCUUCAAACAGGGACUCAAGGUGACCCGACACGCAACCCCCGCCCGACAUGUCCUCCGCACGAUCUUACGGAGCGCCUUUCGGUCCCCAUCGCGCGAGGACUUCGACCCGUCGAGGAUUGCCAAUACACUUAGAUUCCUCGAACGAGCUGCCAAUACUACGGGAUUUGAGCAUAAGAUUGUCAAGAACCUGUUACUGGCCCGAUACUGGGAACGAGCACUGGUCGACAAAGACUCGCGCAUUUUACGGAGCCUAGGACUUCUCAACGCGGACCACCAGCUCCGCAAGAGUGCAUACGACCAUUUAAAUUUGACCCUGGAACGAUUGAAUGAGAGUCUGGGGACGUGUCUCAAGUGA